UCAUACUCAAAAGGCCACUGUUCGUCGGACUUCCAUGGCACGCGCUACUUUUUAUCCAUCCUUUGAAUGCUGGCUUCCUUCCGUUACUUCGUAUUUGACAGUUUGAUAUAACAUAUUUAUAUCGUCCAUAGGAAACAUUGAGUUUUGAUGAAAGGUGAAGCGCAGUAUUCGUACCAAGCGAUGUUCCAUCAUUUUCUAUGUAAAUUUAAAUCAUAAAACAGCGAUUAGUGGAUCAAUAUAUUGGAGGAAUAAAUAAUCGAAUAUUUUGAAAAAUCAUUUGGUUUUGGGCGUUGGAUUGUUUCACAAUUAAGCAGGAAUGAGUGCGUGAAAAAUUUGAAGAGACACAGUUUUAGAUAUUAAUGUUGAGUGACAUUUUUAACGAUCGGGAAGAAUCGCUUGAGCUGAAAUGAUACGACGCAACAAACUUCCUUAAAUUAAGGAACCGAGAAAGAGAUAAACCAGUGAGAUGGAAGAUUCAGAAGUACAGGAAGGUGAACUCAGAGAUGAGGUCGGUUGUUUGAAAUUCUCACCUCCGCCCAUGAAGAAAUCCGACACCAGAGACAGUAUUUCGUCGAUCGAUAGCGACGUCAGUUUAUCGUUCGAUCGAAGGGGCUCAAAGGGCGAAGAGGCCGAUGCCGAUUUCUCGGACAGUGGAAGCUCCGAAUUGGAAAACACUGAAUCUGCACUCAUAGCUUCCAUGCAACGGAUCAACUCUCAAGGGAAACUUCAACAACGGCACAAGACGAAAAACAAUUGUAACAACGUUAAAAAAAGUUCUGAAAGCAAUGCAACGCCGGCAGAAUCUGCCGAAAUAUGUCAAAACGAGAUGACACACGGUAGUGAUAAAAACAGUGAAAUUGACCAGGCAACACCGGUUACUGGGGAAAACACGGUCAACCGGAAAACUACUGAUGAAGAGGAUGAUGAAGAAGUACCACAGUGCAGUGAGGAAUUAGCUGAAAAAAUAGCCGCUCAGGUUGAAUUUUACUUCAGUGAUGAAAACAUUUUGAAGGAUGCCUUCCUUCUCAAACAUGUGAAAAGAAAUAAAGAGGGAUACGUAUCGCUCAAGCUGAUCUCAAGUUUCAAACGAGUAAAACAUCUCAAUCGGGACUGGAGAAUAGUGGGGAAUGCCUUGAGAACUAAAUCAACGAAGCUCGAGGUGAACGAACAGGGCACCAAGCUGAGAAGACGUGAUCCGCUGCCGCCCUACGAUCAGACAAUGCCCUCCAGGACCAUACUCGCUGCUAAAUUACCGCUCGAAAAAUUAUCCAUCGAAUCAGUUGCUGAAUUGUUCAGUCAAUGCGGCGAGAUAGUGCUCAUUAGAGUUCUUCGGCCUGGAAAUCCCAUGCCAACGGAGGUCCGUCAAGCAAUCGCCAAGCGUUCGGAACUCGCAGGCAGCGAAGAAUGUGCUCUUGUAGAAUUCACUGAUUCCGCAGCUGCUCGAGCUGCUAUGAGGCUCUCUUUGGGUGAUGCGCAAAUCUAUGAAUUGCAGCAAUCCUCAAAUACCGAUAAAAAAAGAAAGCAAGUCGUUCAGAGACAAGCAGCUCAGCAUCCAAGUGUACCAGCUACGAAGAAAACCGUGCAUACAACAAUGCCGAGAGAAAAUACGUAUAAUUCGUCGAGCUGUGCCAGUGGCUCCGAAGCAGAGGAUCCUCGAAUCAUGAGAAAUGGAAAGCACCCGAAAUCGCAUACAUCUUGCCAUCAUAUAGCUUUUGCGCCUACCACUGGCCAUAGCUUCCGAGGUCUGCCCACACCGGAAGCAUGGUUAACACGUCGACUUUCCUCCUGUGCCGUAACAGGUGUCGAGAACACGGGUAACGGUGUAAUACUGAGACGACUCUCAUCGUGUUCUGGAUCUGGUUCGAGUUCGGAUACUGGCAGUUAUUCAAAUAGACGUUUCUCGUCGUGUUCCUCCGGCAUGGAAAAUGGCUGCGUUCCUUCAGGGCUGUAUGAUCCAUACAUGACGCAUCCGGGAUCUCACAAUGGACCCCAAAUGUAUCCCACGGUCGGUUAUUACACCCCAGGAAGAAGAUUUUCCUGUUGCUCGGCGUCAGGAUCUGUUCCUGGAUCACCAACACCUGGAUAUGGUUAUGGUUACGAGUAUACGAAUUCAAACAAUUUCUAUGGUCAAACGGGACGUCGUGGAUCUGCUGACUGUGGCCCAUUUCUACGGAGACUUUCCUCAUGCAGCAGGGACUCGGGAUUCUUUGAUCAAAAUAAUCGAAGAUUGUCUUCUUGCUCCUCAAGCUCGGACUCUUGUUCAGGAUCAUUCCGACCUCGCAGUAACAGCAGUUUUCUCUUGAUGGCUCAUCUCCCUGAAAACGUCACUAGAAUGCCCUCUGGACCAGACGGUACACGUGGCUUUGGUCGACCACUUCCAAAUGUCAACAGCGAUCAUCGUAGUGCAACGCAAUGUGCAUCUACCAUUCAAUCAUCGUGCCAAUGAUCUCCUCUCAUGUUUCUGGUUAAGUGUAAUAUCAACAUUUCAAGACUGAUGCAGAGACAAUAAUAAUUUGAACGCAGAGUUCGUGUCAUCCGUCCUAGUAAAUAUGUUACCUUUAAGGCUCAAUGUAAAUAGCUAAUAGCUGUAAAUGGGUGCCGAAAAUCAUUAUUUAUAUAAAUCCUGAAAACACUCAGCAGAAUGAUUCAUCCUUAUCAGUAUAAGAAAAAUGAGGCUUGUGUAUUCCAUGUAUUAAAUCAAUCUGAGUUCGCUAUCGA